AUUGCAUCUGUACCAUUAUAUUGACUCAAUUAUCAAUAACCAUAUAAAUUAUUUGUAGAUUUAAUAAAAUACUAUUUCAAAAAUGCUUAUAAGCGAAGGUGUUCAAACCAGCAAGGAUUUGGAAAGAAAAUAUUUAGAAGAAAAAAUUGUCAGAGAAGGAAUGGAAUUAUUGAAGAAACAAAAAGAAGAACAACGCAGAAGAAAAUGCAAAGAACAACAAGAGAUGAAAGAAAUGCUGGAACGUUAUUGGCCAUUUGGCAAAUCAACCGAUGCCAAACCUAGAGGACUGAGAAACCUAAGACUGGAGGAACUUUUUCCAAAUAAAGAUUAUCAAAAUAACAAAAGAUUUGUCGGCACCCUCGAUCUAGGGCGUCCCGGGGGCGGCGCUCCUAUCGAAAAAGACGGCCAAAAAAUUGUGAGGACCAAAGAGGAUCCAAUGUUGAGGUUUCAAUUGGGAAGCAAAGAUUUAAGAAGAGCUGUCGAUAAUACUUUACGGUAUAAGACUAAUAGGGAGGAACAGUUGGAGUAUAAGAAAGAAUUAGAUAAACUUGUCGAAGAGAAAAAGAGAAACCAAUUGAGGCAAAAACUUCAAGAAGUUGAAUACGAAAAGCGUCAAGGUUGGUCAAAUGAAGAAACUUUGCGAAAGUUGGAAAAGAAUGCUCAAAUGCAAAAAUAUGCUGAUGAACGGACCUACAACAACUUCAAAAAUUCCAAAGUCGUACCACCAAAUAGAUUGGUCAAGUUGGAUCCAAUAGUAAACUCCAAAAAAUCUUUCGUGCUACCCGGUAAAAAUCGAAAACUCACACCACUUUCCAACGACAAGGAAAAUGGUCUCGAGUUGGUGGAUUUGUUCGCCAAAGAUCGACGUACCCCUGUCCGAGUACCACUUUGUAGUACCGAUGUUACCAAGGAGCGAGAAACAGGAAAAUCUUGUGUUUGGAACAGACAAGGAUCAGCAUACUUGAAAGAGCUUACCCAGCAGAUGGCGAAUAAGCGACAACAGACACAGCAACUCAAAGUAAUUGAAGAUGAAACCUCUCGUCGCCAUUACAGCACAUGGACAUCGUUCUGGGGUAAGCCAGGACAUGGUGCUCCACGAUCCGCCAUCAAAAAGGGGUCAAUUGAUAGGCUCCUUUAUCCCCAGAUGGUUCCUAUUGGGGUCGCAUAGAUUAUCAAAUUUUGUUUGUUAAUAAUAAAACACUUUUGUAGGGUAGAUUGGUAGAAGGUUACUUGUUAGAAUGUUAUAAAAUAAAUUAGUCAG